CGCAUGCUCACUCGAUGCCGGAGCGGUUGUGUGAAGAUGGCGGGCGGAGUUUCGUUGCUGCGGCUCCUGGGGCUUUACGUGGUGCUGGCGGAGAGUUAUCAAGUAUGGGCAAAAUGGGUAACAACUGAGAAUCCGACCCUUGUGGUGAAUGAGUUUGACAGUGUUGUAUUAUCCUGUGUUAUCCACUCCAGUCAACAUAAGCAUCGUAUUGAAUGGAAGAAAUUAAAUGCUGGUACAGAUCUUGUAUAUUUUGACAAACAAAUUCAAGGAGAUCUGAUAAAUCGAGCAGAGCUCCAGGGGGACUCCUCUAUAAAGAUACGCAAUGUGACCCGUAAGGACACUGCAGUGUACCGCUGCGAAGUUGUAUUUGUAGAAACGGGACACCUGGAUGAAGUUUCUGUUAAUCUAACAGUACAGGUGAAGCCAGUUACGCCAAAAUGUACUGUCCCUAAAUCAGUUCCAGUAGGGAAGGCUGCAGUUUUGACAUGCCGUGAACAUGAAGGCUAUCCACCACCCACGUACAUCUGGUACAAAAACGGUGACGUUCUUCCACGUGAUCCAAAAUCCAAUCCAAAAUUCUUUAAUUCUUCUUAUAAAAUAAACUACGAUACAGGAACUCUGCACUUCAGUGUCACUUCAAAACUGGAUAUUGGAGAAUACCACUGCAUUGCAAAGAAUGGUGCUGGACAGGCAAAGUGUGAGCCUCAGCGGAUGGAAGUGUAUGACAUUAACAUUGCUGCGAUCAUUGGUGGUAUCCUCAUUGUAGUUCUUGUUCUAUUGAUUAUAAGCAUAGUCAUCAGGCUCGCGUAUAAACGUGGAUACUUUGCAAAAAAACAGCCUGCCAACAGAUACCAGGCUUCCUCUAAAGCAGAUAGUGUUGAUUAUGUCAGAUCAAGUCCUGUGGAUGCUGAGGGAGACUUUCGACACAAAUCUUCAUUUAUUAUCUGAGAAGAUGAGAAAGGUGAAGAUGGUAGAAAACUUCCUUAAUUUCACCAUUGGUUUGAGUUCCUUCACGCAUUUAUCUUACACAUCCACAGAUCUGUAAGGAAUUUAAUACCAGAGACUUGUAAUAUGAAAUGACUUUUUGCCAAAGCUGUUAACCAAUUUUUUGCUAUUAAAUAAAGAUAUUUUAUUCUCCAAUUUCCAUUUUGAUACUACAUGUAGUCUUAGUGCUGGUUAUGAGAACCCCUAAUCAACAGCUAUUUAAAUUUAUGGCCAAGUUUUAUAUAUUCAAAUUGUUUUGAUUCUUGGACCAUUAUUGAUUGAUCAAAAUUAGGACUGUACACCCAGACAACAGACUCUCAAGAAUGAAUUAAAGUGUUGUGUAAAAUUGUACUAAAUUGGGUUUGCAUGUGGGAAAAGUCUUUUCCACUGAAUCGUAUCGGUUUGUAUUGUUUCAGUUUUCAAUAAAUACUGCAUAAAUUGGGCAAAGCUGCCACUCUAAAGGGAACAGAGUGGAACUUAAUACUCAUGGUAUUUUUUUUCUGCUUUUUUUUAAAACAAAAAAACUUGGUUUGUUUGAGAGCAGACAGGAAGUCACUGGAUAGAAAGAUCUUUGGCUUGAUUUAGUACUUAAUUCAUGAGUUGUAGUUCAUUUAUUUAUGUUAUUAAUAUAUAACUAUUUAGUUGUUCAAACUAUUGAAUUAGUUAGUAGGCAUUUCAGUCUUAAACAAUAUUUAAAAGAAAACUUUGCAAAUCCUUUCUUUUGGAAUUUAAAGCUCCAAACCACCAUUGACCUCCCUCCGGCAGGGUCAUUAAGGAGUCAAAUUCAGAAAUGUACAUAGAUUUUGCAAUUUAUCAAUAAAUGGAGCAGAUUUUUGUUUAGAA